ACUUCAUUUGCCUUGCUGAUCCGAUCUGUAGCGCCUACGCUUUCUUAAUAUUUGGGGCAACUUAUCUGCUGACAAGAGCCGUGUUCCUAGCCAGGUCCUGGCUGUCCGUCCACAAUGGCACCCCACAUCUGGCUUAAGUCAGAUGAUAUCAAGCCUUGCCAGUUUACAGUAAAAGAUGGCAAGCUAAAUUUAAAACACAUAUGCACCGUCUUUCAGCUAGACGUGAGCAAGCCGUUGCGCUUGGGCGACUGGUGGCCAGAAGUCACAGCGGAUGGUUGGGCAGAGUAUGAUGAGGAUUGUGCAGUGGGGAAGACGAAGAACACAGCCUCCCCUAUAGAGGGAACCUCAACUCGCCCCGCUCCCAUUCCCAUUGUGAAGUUCAGCAUCAAGAGGACGGGGGGCAAGCCCUUCGAGUUUUCAAUGAGAGCCCCAGUCGAGUGGCCUGCUUUCGAGCAGCGCUUUCGGACUGAAUCUGGCUGGGAGGUGGGGCUUUUCAAAUUAAGUGCAGAGACGGGACUGGAAGUCACAGAGGACAUGUGGGCUACGCAUCUGCGAUUGGAAAGUGAUGGAAAGGCGGUCGCUGAGGUGAAGCUGGUGGCGGAAAAGCUUGACAAGGGGUUCUCAAGCUUCUCGCGCACCGAUGGGCUGUCCUACCUGGAACUACCAAAGAAUUAUACUGUCCGGAAGGAGCCCAACGUGUUCCAGCGUGAAGCUUUUGGCAACCUCGCCGACUUGGUCAACCAGCGGCUCAAGGGCUUCGAAAAGUGGACUUUGAAAGAGCUUGUGACGCACUUUGUGAAGGACAUCCAGCUCCGCAUGCUUGUUUUUAGUUCUUUCACGAUGCAGGGCCUUGAAUUAACCCGGAGGGAGCUCAUCUCCCCGGUGCUGAUCCUGGCCUCGCUUCUGGCAAAGAGCCAGGUAGAGCUGCGGGCGGAGGCGACCGUACAAGGGUCCUUGGGAUGCGGGCCCAUUGACUACACCGCCCUCAUAGAACAGGUCCAGAUCCUCCUGACAGAGGCGAAGAAGGCUGAGCUCAAAAAAGCGGAGGGCCAACUGUACGCGGAGAUGGCAGCUUCUCGAGAGGCUCUCGCGAGGGUCAUCGACCCGGGCACGAAGAAGCGGAAGUUUGCGGAGCUCGACGAAAUCCUCGAAGGGAUUAGCACGACGGGGGUGCGCACCGACGCGCAAACCUGGGUGCUUUCCCGACAACGAUCAAGACUAAGAGGCAACGGAAUGAGGACAAAGGCACGAGUACGGGUAACUCCUUGGGUACAGAGGCUUAGCACUUUCGAGGCUGAGAAGAGAGGCCAGCAACUCCGAUCAGAAUGCACAACGACUACCUUCUCAGGAAAAGCCAGCCCUUCACCACCUUUUGCUGCUCACAAAGCGGCGCCAACAAUUCAAACAGGUGCAUAG